AUGGCGGUGCGCGCGCAAUUUGAGAAUUCCAACGAGGUCGGCGUUUUUUCGACUCUCACCAACUCCUAUGCUCUUGUCGCCCUUGGUGCGAGUGAGAACUUUUACAGUGUUUUCGAGGCGGAGCUGCAAGAUGUUAUCCCCAUCUGCCGGACAACCAUUGCUGGCACGAGAAUCAUUGGCCGGUUAACAGCUGGUAACCGCAAGGGUCUUUUGGUCCCCACAACCACAACAGACCAGGAACUCCAACAUCUCCGUAACAGCCUGCCCGACGAAAUCCGCAUACAAAGAAUAGAAGAGCGCCUGUCAGCGCUCGGCAACGUCAUUGUGACCAACGACCACAUUGCUCUGAUUCACCCGGAUCUGGAGCGCGAGACGGAGGAAAUUAUUGCUGAUGUGCUCGGUGUUGAGGUCUUCCGCCAGACCAUCGCCGAUAACGUCCUCGUCGGCUCUUACAUGUCUCUCUCGAACCAGGGCGGUCUUGUCCAUCCCAAGACCUCGAUACAGGACCAGGACGAGCUGUCCAGUCUGCUGCAAGUGCCCCUCGUGGCUGGCAGUGUCAACCGCGGCAGCAACGUCGUUGGUGCGGGCAUGGUUGUCAACGACUGGAUGGCUGUCACCGGUCUUGAUACCACCGCAACGGAGCUGAGCGUUAUUGAGAGUGUCUUCAGGCUCGGCGAGGGCCUGGGUCCCAGCAACGUGAACACCAACCUCAAGGACACCAUGGUGGAGUCGUUCUACUAA